ACUCCCUCAACUCUGCUUUCUUGCUCGAAACCUACUGACACUCUGGGCGCGCGACAUGGGUUUUAUUGAAGGCUGGCUGGCCCCUGCGAUAUGCGCCUUGCCUUGGGGCAGGUGUAUGUCGGCUGAUGCGAUAUUCAGCGCCCGCGCCGAUGCAUCUCUUUGUCUUUGUGCGUAAUAUAGACCUAGGGACAUGUCUGCCAGCAAAUGCAACCUACGCCUGCAUAUUUCUGACCAUCGCGACGGUGAAACCCGCUGCCAUGUCUCGGUCGAACCUCAACAGCGCUGGCCACGACACGAAGGGAGUCCCGCUUGUGGACAUAGAGGGUGGACCGCCUCGCGGUCCCAGUCCGUACGCGUCCUUCCGUCGUUACAGAACGUGGAUAUCCGUUACGGACUUGGUGCAACCUACUUGGUGCGAACUGCUCUAUGACUACUCUCUGAGGUCCAAAGCCUAUCUGCCGCCUAGCCAGAGGCCGCAUGGCUUCAGGAGUGCGGAUGACAAAUGGAUCAGGAUAGACAAGACGAAUGCGGAGCAGAGCUAUCGUGUAACAAUGCGUGGAAGGUCUGAGCACAAGAAGUUGGAACGUCAGGCCAGUCUGCGAAAAGCGGACGUUCAAGCGCCGGAAGCGAAGGGCAAACUCGAGCAGUGGGCACUUCGCCUGGUACAAAUGCUGGAGGCGUUGCAUACGCUCAAAGAAAGCGGUCUAUGCCGCGAGAUGCCAGUGUUCGGCAUCAUCCACGACAACCUCGUCUUUGGACAAAUUGAUAAUUUGGUCCUCAAACCUUCGCUGACCGUCACGGCUGCGGCCGAGGUUCCUAUCCAAGUUCCUCCGGGUCCACCUAGCCAAAGAAAGCGCAAAGCAGCAGCAGCCAUGCUGGCGGAGAAAGCCAAGAAAGCCCGGGUACCUUCUUCCGAAGCAGACUACUCGGCCCCGUCAGUGCCUGCCGGAGUCGAUGCCAUAGCAGAAACGGCGGCACCAGUACCCACAGACGCGCAAGGACGUCCAACGUCGAUGCGAUACACAAUACAUCUGUCGGACACGAAGACGCGGACCACUCCUGACCUUCCUCCCGACGAGGACAGUCGAGCUCACCACCUCCAAGUGAUGCUCUAUCACCGCUUGUUGAGCGGCGCUCUUGCAAAACACUCGAACAGCACUGCGGGAGAACCAGCAACCUCUACGGCGCAGCCUCUGGAUUUCGAUGCGGUGUGGCGCAAGUUAUCUCUCAAUCCUCAGCAGCCCUUCUCUGACGCGUUCAUUCGUGAUGCGAGGCGUCUUCUUGAUCGUGGGACUCGUUCACCUACCAAAGGGGCCCCCGCGCAUGGAGCCGUCCCUGCUGACAACAGCAGCCCGGGGCGAAGCCGCAUCGCGUUCGAGUGUUUGAAUGACCUCGUCGCAUUGUGGCGACAUGCCGUUGAAGACUUCAACGUGGAUGGUGUAGACAAGACACUGACGUUGGAGUACAGGCUGCAGCCGUCUGAGCAGACUGACGCAGGCGUCUCCUGCGGUUCGCACUCCCAGGAUACACCGCCUUCUACCCAGGGAGAGACAGUAGAAGGUGGUUCUCAGGUAUCCGAAGAUACACUGGUUGGAACAUCACAAGAUACCGAAGCCACUGUGGCUACGGACGAGGGGCAGUCCACCCAGGUACUGUCCUCGUCGAACACCGUCAAUGACGUGCGAUCAGGCACUGGUCUUCUAGGCGUGAAACAGUUCACGAUGGAUGAUCAGCUGCUGGGCGACCAUCUGCGGAGUAUCUUACGAUGGUGGCAUGGACAGCGUCGAGCCAAGGGCGUACCACCGGAGUUGACCCGUCGGUGCGAGCAUUGUGACUACCAUGAAGAUUGCGAAUGGAGGGCAAGGGAUAAGUUGUAGGAGAAGGUAUUCAGUGAGAGUGGCUCCGCCGUACUCGUCGGAACAGAGGCUUCGAGAUGAACUUCACGGCAUGUAUCAUAAUGUGAUUCAUGCGCAUUGCUAGGGUCUUCGAUGUAAGGAGGCAAUGCUGUGAUGUGACUAUCUCGUAGGUUGACUGAUGUACAACAACGCAAGGAUACGGUCCAACGCAUAGGCGUGAAGUCACUCUUUCGAAGUUGGCAAUUACGAAUAUCAGGGUGCUGUGCGGAUGAAGAACCUAGGCACUGGUUCGGAUGGGAGAGUACCGGUUCAUCGGCGUCAGGCGUGGUAACUCCAGGACCCGUAUGUAUACAAGACAACGUCGUGCGACUGAAUAACACGACCUUCAAUUGCACU